GGCGCAGGCAGACCACCGACGCACCAGCCUUCGCGGUCACGGGACGUGAACGCGCCGCCGAACGCGCAUCCGCGACCCUCGAAGGAACCGGACUUGCCCAAUCCGUACGAGAUGACCACGCUGCCGACUGCAGGUCAGAAGUAGUUUAUGUCGAAGGACAUUGCUACUCGGGAUCACUAGAUGUCGUUCGCUAUCGUCGAGACUCUUCUCAUCUAUGCAUGUUGCCUUUGCGGAGAUAUCACAGGCCCAGCAGCAUUGCCGAAUCCUGAAGUGAGUGCAACAGAGGGCUGAUGCUUCUCCGCUCAUAGCGGGCUUCGCGUCACGGCAUGUCAAAUGAAGCGCGUAGCCCCUCCACGUCCGGUAACCGACUUUCCACUCUACCAAGUCGCUCCUGGUAGUUAUCCCCACCCCACUCAACGCGCCCAUGUUUGUAUUUCUGUGAUAGUGACCGCCUCUCAUGAAGGUCGCGGUUGUUGGGUCCGGUGUCGCUGGCCUUGCUGCUACUUGGGUGCUCAACGAGUACUCUGAGCAUGAAGUACAUCUAUACGAGGCGGAUCGCAUCGGUGGUCACGCGAAUACCGUCAGCUUCACGAUCGCAGGAGAAGUGGUGGAUGUUGAUACCGGCUUCAUCGUAUUCAAUCCUACCACCUACCCGAAUUUCCUCCGAUUUCUAUGCCUCUACCCUUCCUUGAAAGCGCGCAUACAGGCGACCGACAUGACAUUCUCCGUCUCUCGGGAUAACGGGGCUUUCGAGUGGGGCGGUGCGAGCCUAGGUGCUGUCUUCUGCCAAGCCCAGCACCUGCUGGAUCCGAACCACUGGCGGAUGCUCUAUGACGUUGUCCGGUUUAAUGCCUGCGCCAGACGACUGCUGGAUUCGAGGACGUGUGGCCUCUAUGCGUCGGAGGAAAUCUCAAUUGGGGAGUACCUGCGACGAGAAGAGUACUCCCAGUCGUUCAUAGACAACUACCUCAUCCCGAUGACAGCAGCCAUAUGGAGCACCCCUCCCGACAAGUGUGCUCUUGAUUUCUCAGCUCGUACGCUUAUCCAAUUCAUGCACAAUCACCACCUUCUGCAGAUCUUCGGCAAGCCCUCUUGGCUUACGCUGGCAGGAGGCAGUAAAUGCUACGUGAACCGCAUCCUGUCCAACCUCCCUGCGGCACAGCUACACCUGUCUCGCGUCAAGUCUGCCAAAGUUCGUAAAGUACACGGUAUUGAACUGAAGACCGCAUCCGGUGAGCGGGCGGUAUACGACCACGUCAUCUUCGCAUGCCACAGCGACACUGCGCUCGAUAUCCUCCGAGCUGGAGGAGGUGCAACUCCGGAGGAAGAGAGGAUCCUCGGAGCCUUCGAGUGGAACGAGAAUGUGGCAGUGCUACACUUCGACAAUGCCCUCAUGCCGGAACGACGCGCCACUUGGUCAUGCUGGAACUACCUCACUGCGUCUGAAGAAGGCAAGGACGGACGGAAGAAGGCCAACGUGGACCGGGUUUCCCUCACAUACUGGAUGAACGCCCUCCAACACAUCCCGGAGCGGGACUACGGGCCCCUCUGCGUCACGCUCAACCCACCCUUCGAGCCCGAUCCCUCCCGGGUGAUAGGCGAGUACCAUUACGAGCACCCCGUCCUCAAUGCCAAGGCCAUUCGGGCGCAGCAGGAGAUGCCCAGGAUCCAAGGGGAACGCGGGAUCUCCUUCGCGGGGGCCUGGCUUAAGUACGGCUUCCACGAGGACGGGUUCACGUCUGGCAUGCGCGCCGCAGCCGCGCUCCUCCGCGCCUGUCCUUCGCCGUCCGCACAUGAGAGCGCGAGCUCGGACACGGGCGAAGGCCCCUCGGAGACGACGCUUCCGUUCGAGAUCCUCGACGCGGACCGGGAGUGCGAGGAGGAUGGAGCUACGAUGCUGCUCGCCCUGUUCUUUGAUGUGUUGGAGGGUACAUGGCUGAGGGCGAUCAUCGGCGCGGGCUUGUCCGUCUGCAUGCUGACCAUUAGGUGGUUAGUCCAAGUCGGCGUUGCUGCGCAGGAAGUGGGGACGGGCGGACGGUGGACGAAGGCACGGUCAAAUGCCCACGGCGUCAGAAAGGGCUUGAAGCGGGGGAGGAGGGCGCAGCCUGCCACGUCCAGGAAGAAGAAGCGAGACUAGUAGAGUUUGACUGCUAGCAUGUUCGACGAUGGGCAUCGCGUAGGAGACCCGGACUCAGACUUCCUCAGACACUGUCGAGGAAC